AUGGCCCCGAAAAGACCAGCUCGGGGAGUAGCAGCAGCAACGUCUAGUGAGCAAGGAGAGAGCAGCAAGCCAAAGAAGCGACGUGUUUCCCUCGCUUGCGAUGCCUGUCGUGCUGCGAGGGAGAAGUGCGAUGGAGGUCAGCCUGAGUGUGGAACUUGCGUUGCACAGCAGCGGACGUGUUCAUACACUCCUGCAACCAAAAAAAGAGGAGUACAAACGGGAUAUCUGCGCACCAUAGAGCUCUCGUUAGCUUGGCUGUUUGAUCAAAUACCCGAGUGCGAGGAGUCUCUUCACCAUUUGCUGAACCAUGGACAGGGAGAGAGCAACAAGGAAUCUCGGGCAAUUUUAGGCAAAGGGAGUGCUGGCCACCGCCUGCAACGACUGUGGAAUCAAAAUCGAGUGCGGAAGGCCAUUGAUGGGCUUUUAUCCGAUCCUCACAUUGGGAACUCCGAAAAUUCUGACAACGAAUCGGACACGGAUGUUGAACGCCUAGCCAGUUUCCGAGAUGCCCCUUCAGUCAGAUCGGCUAGACCGACAGUGCCAAGUGUAUUACAAGACAAAACUGGAGUCCCUGAUCGCAUUCUCAAGUUACCUGCGAAUUGGAAGCGCCUCCUUGAAGUCUAUGUCUCAUACACACAUUGCUGGCUGCCGAUAGUGAACCCUGAGAGUCUCCAAGCUCUCGCGGCUUCAUACCCUGUUCAAGGCGUCUCAUGGCCCAGCCAUUCAAACGACAGUAUCUAUUUGAGACAUUCAGAGCUUUGGGCUGCUAUGGCAAUUGCUUCAUAUCAAGAUGAAAACUUGGUUACUGGAUCUGAUGGAGCAUCUCCGAGUGCUUCCCAAAUUUUGCAAGUCUCUCGUGCCUUGCUGCCAGCAGAUGAUGAAGCAUUCAAUAUACACAGUAUCAACGCAACGGUGAUUCAAGCCGUUAUCCUGAUAGGCAGAGGUAAAGCUGUUGCAGCUUCCUUGCUCCUCAGCAAAUGUGUUCGUCUCUUACGACAGCUCCGGCUGACCCAGGUCACACAGCCAGAGAAUGAAAGUGGCUUUUCUUCAUUCCAGAUGGACGUGGUUUCGGUUGCUUGCGACGUCUUGGACGUAUUGACAUCAGUAUAUCUGAAUCAGCAUCCAAUGAAACGAUUUGGCGGCAUGGAAGGUACAUAUCCAACGCCAAUGCUCGAUUUUACCGCAUUCGACCAAACAUGGCGUCAUGUACCAGAGAAAUCUUCAACUUCCGCUCCGUCUACGAAGGCACCCCAAAUGGUCCAGCCAAUACGAACUCUAGUUCAAUUACAUGCGCUUACUUCGGUUCUAAGUGACUCUCAUGUUUCCAAAAUAAACGAGAAGGCUUCAUCAGAAACUCUCGGCCCAGAAGACCUCGUCAAAAAUCUUGAUUCUCGGUUCGGCUUCUGCAACUCUUUGGUAUCAAGCGGCUCAACUCCAACAAUACCGUCGGCUUACUUGGUCAAGCUUCUAUUUUUAACAGCUACCAUUGAACUAGCGUCCGAUAUAAGACCGUCUCUCCUCUCUGGAUUCCUGGAAACUGUCGACUCUUGCCAGAGCAUAUUUGAGGCGAAUCACACCCCUCCAGUCGUUGUACUGUUGCUUCAACUUGUGCAAAGACGUGCGAGGGUUGCAGAAAUGGACGAACAAGACCGCAACAAAUGGACUUCCGUCACGGACAUGCUGCAAAAUAUAUGGCAUGAGGAUAAACCAUUUCCAUGUACUGGGUACCCAGCAACGUUAGCGUCAGACAACUUUACCCAGGGCCAUGAGCAACUGCAACCAACAUUUACCCCGAUGUCUACAGAAUCAGGUCCCCACAUGGACAACCAGAUCCAAACAAGACCCCGUGCGGGAGCUUUUGGGUCGAACAUGUUGUCCAGAAGUAAACCCGCUGAACAAUUUCCCUUCGGGUAUCAGGAUGCAAUUCCGAAUCCCCAUUUUGCGAUUGACACACCUCUGACAACCCAUCCGAACGAUGGCAGAGUAAAUACCCACGCCUUAUUCCCCGGAAACCAUCGGAUGAGCCAGAAUUUUGACUACGAUGCUCUCUUUGAGGACCUUGGAUCUAUUGGAUAUACUGAUAAUUUGGAGAUGGACAGCCGUUUUAUGACCAACCUAGGGUUUGCACCCGGUUGUGAUCUCGCAGAGAUCUUCCAAGGUGACUUUGGAGUUUGA